AUGAGCUUUGAUCGCGAUUACCCGACUCCGAGGGCCCAGGAAGGCGGUUCGCCCCGGUUCAUCAUCAGCAUCGACUAUGGAACUACUUACACCGGAGUUGCUUGGACACUCACCACUGGAGCUGACCCGAUGCUGGAGAAGAUCGAGGUUGUGGACAGCUGGGAAGGCGCCGUGCAAGCCAAGGUGCCUUCGAAAUUCACCUACACCGAGUGUCCAGGGCGAAAGUGGGGAUAUGGUAUAAGCCCGGAGGCGUUCGUUAUCCAGUUGACGAAGCUUGAACUGGAACCGCCCAAUCUGCUUGACGCUCUGCGGGUUCUGCGAGACACGCUCGACAAUGCCAGCAACUCCAACAGCCUACAGAUCAACAGCAGGAAGAACGUCGUAGACAGCGAGGUCCCGCAAAAUCUGACAAACUCACCGGAACAGAUCAUGACGGACUACCUCAAAGAGGUCGCAAAAUAUGUUCGAAGCGACAUCGAGGCAAAGAGAAUCGCUGACAACCUGGCCGAAUGGCCUAUCGACCUUGUGAUCACCCACCCAGCAAUUUGGCAUAGCCGAGCCAAGAACAUCACAUUCAGAGCGGUGAAUAACGCGUUUCGGUAUGAGUUCCACGAGAUGGCGACGAACCACGGAUGCGUUCGUCUGGCAACUGAGCCUGAAGCAUGUGCUCAAUAUACCAUGCACAAUGUCAGGAAGCAGGGUCUAUCUAGUCUCAGAAAGGGUGACUGCUUUGUAGUCGUAGAUGCCGGUGGCGGUACUGUCGAUCUGGUCUCGUACAAGGUCGAAGAACUAUUACCAAGCUUCAGAGUCUCAAAAAUCACAAUGGCAUCAGGCGCCAAAUGCGGUGCUACUCUCAUCGAUGACUACUUCAUUGAAAAGUUCCUCCGCCGACGUCUUGGUGAGGUAAACUGGACCAUCAUCAAGGGGGAUAGCUUCAACCAAGGCCGUUCUCGAGCCUGGAGAGGCGCACAAAGGGAAUUAUUGGAGUCGUUCGAUGGGCCCAUCAAGCAGACAUUCGCCGGCUUCCCAGACGACGACAGCGAGCCUCCAGUGCAGUUUCUCUUUCUCCCCGAACAACUGGCAGAGCUACAUGACCCACAUAAUGGCAUUGAACAUGGCCGGCUAUCCAUAACCUGCGACGACCUCGAAGAAAUGUUCCACGAGCCAGUUGAAGGGACUCUCGAACUCAUCAGACACCAGCUCGCUCAGAUUAGUGCGCAGAAUUACACGGCAAGGGCAAUCUUUCUCUCUGGUGGAUUUUCAGAGAGCGAGUACCUCCGAAAACGAGUCAAGGCUUUUGCCGACAAGAGAGGCUGUCAAUUUCACUGCGAUGGCGAUCGGUGGACAGCUGUAGCCCAAGGUGCGGUUCUCAUGGGGCUUGGAGCCAGGUGUGAUUUGCCGCCGGCGCAGCUUCAAUGCCCUGUGAACAUUGGUGUUUUCGGAUCGACACGAUUUAGCGAAGUCGAACAUGACACGACCCAGAGAUACCGAGACACACUGGAUGGUAUCCAGAGAGGCAGAAAAAUUGACUGGGUCGUUCACAAAGGAGACCUCGUCGACUCGAAGUCCGGUAUCAGAGAGACUGUUCAUGUGCACCGAAAGUUCAUUCGCGACGGCGACGGAACGGGCCGUGUCACUGUGGUUAUCUCAAGCGACGAUAUUCGGCCUAAUGAGCAGCACAUCUUUGGUUCAGAGAGACUGAGCACCGGCUCCAACCCCGGGCGUCUCGACGAAAUCAAUCUUGAUUACGAUCUAGCCAACAUGCUUGACCAAGACGGCAUCACGCGGAGGCCGGGCCAGAAGAUCCAACGACGCGGUGUAAUUCCGAGUUCACAGCAGGUCUCGUACCGUGAGGUGGAAAUGCGCGUCGUCAUUCGGGUCACUCAGCAGGGCGGGCGGGCUGAGUUGUUUUUGGGCGAUUCGAACGAAGCUCAACUGGUUGGACGUGAUCUAAAAAUCUUUUUCGCUAGUUAA